GAAUUCGCUAGCCAUGUGGAUAGCGAUUUCGGCGACUCGUUUCUGGUUAAACGUCUCUGUAGCGAUGACUUCACUACUCGUGUUGUUGCAGCUAUAGCUAAGAUUGCUCUGAUCAGACCAAAGAAGGAGAGGUGCUGGCUCGAGUAUCGAUGGAAGCAAGUCUGCGGCAGUAGUCGAUAUUUUCAUGGCAUGUUUGCAUCGGAUUUGUUCGAGAAAUGCAGUGGGCGGCGAAGGUUUUUGUUCUGCCCAGAGGAAGAAGACUGCAGCGCCGAGGACUUCACACGUUUCUUGCACUACUUGGCUGGCUGUCGAUCGCAGUGUACUGCGAUUUCAUCGGCGCACACGUGUGUCGCAUUGAUCAGGCUGUCGGACCGAUACCUUUGUCCGACUCUUUCUGACUUCGUCUGUUCCCCACAUGGUCCAGUACGUCGCAUUUUGACUGGUGAAACUUUACCGGCUGGUAGCGAUGUGUCUGCUAACGUUGAUACGGUACUGCACCAGUUCGCUGGUCGUGGAAGCGCUUCGCUCCAUCUGCCAGUCUCGCCUGCUUGUCGACACGUUUAUCGAGCAGAUGAAGGCUCUCACAUCAUCAUGAUGAGGAUAUUACGAGUGUUAUAUACGGGAUAUGAAUGGGUGUCAUUGCUAUGCACAAACUGGUAG